GCAAAGAACUAUACAGGCGUCAAUUUCAAGACUCUUCUAUGACCACCUUGCCCAACUGUAAUAAACCACUACAAGAAUCUAAUAUGGCUAGCUUGCCCUGCUGUAAUAAACAAGUUUCAACCAUAAACUGUUACUUGAAUUUCUCUCAAGUCCAAGUGCCUAAUAUGAAUGAUUAUUUACUCAAGGCAUCUGAGUCUCAGUUACCUGUAACUGCUUUUCAUAAUGUUAAUACACCAUUUUACAAUAAAGAAUGGUCAUUAUCAUUAAAUAUAAAUUGCCAUUUAAAUUCAUUGCAAGGUCCAGCAUUAAACAGGUAUCAGUAUGAUCAAGACUAUCAGACUAUAGCCUCUGUACCUCAAUUACAAAAUCUUCCUGUUACUACUCCAC